AUGGCCGGGCGAUGGAACGCGGCACAGUGCCUCGAUGGAAGGCGAAGCCGAAAACAUCGAUGCAGGGCUCUUCCGGACUUCUCGCUUGCCCGGAGAGGCCGCGCUGGGAAAGCGGCGAAAGGUUCGCCACCACGAGAUCAGGUGGCUGUACCUGGCAACGGCGAGUGGCGAGCCGAGGCUUCCAGCUGCAAGCGCGCCCUGCGAGCGCCGUUUGGGUCGGUGGCUUCCAGCUGCAAGAAAACAGGGCACGCCCCUGGCGCACAAGCCGGAAGGCUCACCAGUGACGAGCUGUGCGUGGCGUCAGCCAGUCAGCCACCUGCCGCUGACGCCGGCCUCAUCGAGCGUGUGGCCAAGGGAGACGCAUUGCCGGACCAGGAGGUGGCCGGCCCGCGGCUCAGCAGUGCGCCUGGGAGGAGGAUCAGAUCCCGCCUGAAGACACGCCCAUGA